UGCGGCGGCCGGCGCGGCCGCUUCCUCGGGCCAUUUUGCCGUGGAGCGGCGGGGAGGAACAGCCGCCGGGACACCCGGGCCGGGGCCGCGACCGGAGCAGGCGGCGGCGCGCGGCAGCGGGGCUCGGCGGGCGCGGGGUCUGGAGGCCAGGCGAUCGCCCGGGAGGCCCGCGGAGCCGCCGGGCCCGCCGCGCCGCACCAUGAGCUGGGGCGCCGAGCUCUGGGACCAGUUUGACAGCCUGGAGAAGCACACGCAGUGGGGCAUCGACCUCCUGGAGAAGUACAUCAAGUUCGUGAAGGAGAGGACGGAGAUUGAGCUCAGCUAUGCCAAGCAGCUUAGGAAUCUUUCGAAGAAAUACCAACCAAAAAAGAACUCCAAGGAGGAGGAAGAAUACAAGUACACAUCGUGCCAAGCCUUCCUGUCCACGCUGCACGAGACCAGCGACUAUGCCGGGCAGCACGAGGUCAUCUCCGAGAACAUGACGGCCCAGAUCAUGGUGGACCUGGCCCGAUACGUCCAGGAGCUGAAGCAGGAGCGGAAAGCGAACUUCCAUGAUGGGCGGAAGGCGCAGCAGCACAUGGAGACCUGCUGGAAGCAGCUUGAAUCCAGCAAGCGGCGAUUCGAGCGCGACUGCAAGGAGGCCGAGCGGGCGCAGCAGUACUUCGAGAAAAUGGAUGCGGACAUCAAUGUCACCAAGGCCGACGUGGAGAAGGCACGGCAGCAGGCUCAGAUCCGUCACCAGAUGGCCGAGGACAGCAGAGCCGACUACUCCUCCAUCCUGCAGAAGUUCAACCAGGAGCAGCACGAGUACUACCACACCCACAUCCCCAACAUCUUCCAGAAAAUCCAAGAGAUGGAGGAGCGGCGCAUCGUGAGGAUUGGCGAGAGCAUGAAGACCUACGCCGAGGUGGACCGGCAGGUGAUCCCCAUCCUUGGGAAGUGCCUGGAUGGCAUUGUGGCUGCGGCCCAGGCCAUCGACCAGAAAAGCGAUUCACAGCUGGUGAUAGAAGCGUACAAGUCGGGAUUCGAGCCUCCCGGCGACAUCGAAUUUGAGGACUACACGCAGCCCCUGAAGCGCACCGUGUCCAACAACAGCCUCUCCACGCCCCGGGCGGACGGCAAGGCGGAGCUCAAGUUCGGCGGCAAAUCCAAAGGGAAGCUGUGGCCAUUCAUCAAGAAGAACAAGCUUAUGUCCCUUUUAACGUCCCCCCAUCAGCCCCCUCCUCCACCCCCCGCCUCCGCCUCACCCUCUGCUGUUCCCAACGGCCCUCAGUCUCCCAAGCAGCCAAAGGAGCCCCUCUCCCAUCGCUUCAACGAGUUCAUGAACUCCAAACCCAAAAUGCACUGCUUCAGGAGCCUAAAGCGCGGGACUCAGUCUUACCGUUUUCACAAAGAACUCAUGAAGAGGACACUAGGGAUGCCCACCUAUGCCUUUGAGGCGAGGGCCUAUGUUCUCUCUCUCAAGCUGGGGGCCACGCCUGAGGACUUCAGCAACCUCCCACCCGAACAGAGAAGGAAGAAGCUGCAGCAGAAGGUGGACGAACUGAACAAGGAGAUUCAGAAGGAGAUGGAUCAGAGAGACGCCAUAACCAAAAUGAAGGACGUCUACCUGAAGAACCCUCAGAUGGGGGACCCGGCCAGCCUGGACCACAAGCUCGCGGAGGUCAGCCAGAAUGCGGAGAGGCUGCGGCUCGAGGUGCAGAAGUUCGAGGCCUGGCUGGCGGAGGUCGAGGGCCGCCUCCCCGGGAGAGGCGAGCAGGCGCGCAGGCAGAGCGGGAUGUACGAGAGCCAGCAGCCGCCGGCCGUGCGCAGCUGCGCCCAGGACCGCGAGAGCAGCCCGGAUGGCAGCUACACGGAGGAGCAGAGCCAGGAGAGCGAGCUGAAGGUGCAGGCCACGGACUUCGACGAUGAGUUCGACGACGAGGAGCCGCUGCCUGCCAUCGGGACCUGCAAGGCCCUCUACACAUUCGAAGGUCAGAAUGAAGGAACCAUCUCAGUGGCUGAAGGAGAAACCUUGUUUGUCAUCGAGGAAGACAAAGGGGACGGUUGGACCCGCAUCCGCAGGAGCGAGGAGGAGGAGGAGGGCUACGUCCCCACCUCGUACGUCGAAGUCUAUUUGGACAAAAACCCCAAAGGUGCUAAGACUUAUAUUUAAUAUCACUUACGAAACAUUCCCUAAAACACUGGCGUCUCCCCACCCGCGACUGUCGGGGUGGUUCCUCAGCAGAGGCGUGGAGGACGCGUGGCCGGCAGCUGUCAGGUGGCCCUGGCUGGCCAGACGCACGUGGAAAGCCGCCUGCUGCCGUGCACAGCUGUGGCCUCGCGACCUGACCCACAGCAGCCUCUGUAGCUAAGAACCCAGAAAGCUGUGCUCCGGCUGCUGACGCUGUUUCCCUGCCCGAGGGCUGCCCGGUUCUGUCCAGCGCCCACCAUGGGCAGCCGCAGAGGAUGUCCACUGUGCAGUCACAAAUCGGACCGUGCUGGUGUGUUUUGUUUCUAGUCCUUGGGCAGGAAGCCGUGGCUGGGGCAGCCUCCUCUCCCUAAGGAAGGAAGGGAGGGCCCUUCUGUGGGCCCUUCUUACAGGCUGUGUCCACGUAAUUGUGCUUCCCUCCGGAAGACCCACGAGGCAUUACCCUUCUAUGUCCCCGGGGUCGAAAACAACCCGAGGAAGUCUGGGAAGUGUAGCUAAGUAGUCAGUUGAAAUCGUCAUGGUGAGGCCACCUUCAAUCCCAGCUACUCAGGAGGCUGAGGCAGGAGGAUCGAAAGUUCAAGACCAGCCUGGGCAACUUAGCAAGACCCUGUCUCCAAAAAACUGAAAAACUAAAAAGGAAGCCAUUGGUUUGACAGGGAUAUUCCUGACCCUCAGGCUCCGCCCAGCUGCCCAGUGAGAUGAGCUCCCAGGAAAGCAGGGCCCCUCCUGCCUCAGCUGCCUCAGCCACUUUCCCACUCGGUUCUGUUCUCAUCCAGGGCUUGUGGCAGGUGGAGCUGUAAAUAGGACCCAGGGCCCAAAGCUGCAAUAGGAACUUCCACAUGGCCUCUGUCGAAGGAGCUCACUUGCUCGCUCGCUCGCUCGCUCGCUUUCUCUCUUCUUUUUGUUUUUUUUUGGUACCGGGGAUCGAACUCGGGACCUUGCGCUUGUGGGGCAGGUGGCGGAACCACUGAGCUAAAUCCCCCGCCCCCUCUUUCCUUCUUUCUUUUCUUUUUUUUCUUUCUUCCAUCAUUGGCAUCUUUUAGACCCAAAGAUUAAAGUUACUGAAAACUGUAGAAUUUCUGGCUCAUCUUAUGUGAUAGCCAGAAUAAAACCAAAUGUCUCACCACUUUAAAGGAAUAUGGGUGGGGUCGGGAUUUGCAUUUUUAAAUUGGCACCGAAGGGGAGGGGCUUUUGGAGGUGGCCUUGGCCACAUGCAUAGGUGGUCACUGAGCCCAGCCUAACUGUCCCGAGCUGGGACCGAGAGCCAGCUCUGGGGGUCAGGAUAGCAGUGCCUGGUAAGGUCCUCUUUUUACUUGACUUUGCAAAUAUUGGUUUCUGUCUUGCUUUUAAGUAGGAAAUCAGCUCCGUACAUCUACAUUGUGGGCUCAUUUAAUGCGCUGAAGUCGACUGAAAGCUGAUUUUCUUUUCUUUUUUUCUUUUGGUACUGGAGAUCGAACUCGGAUUCUUGCACUUGUGCAGCAGGCAGCGAAACCACUGAGCUAAAUCCCCAGCCCUCUGAUUUUCUUUUUUAAUGUGAUGCUGAGGGUGGAACCCAGGGCCUCCUGUAUGCUUAGCAGACGCUGUGCCACUGGGCUGCAUCCCCAGCCCUAAAGUGAAUCUAAAAGCAGCAGCUUAAUCCCAGCACUCAGGAGGCUGAGGCAGGAGGAUCACCAUGAGUUCAAGGCCAGCCUGGGCUACAGAGUGAAACCCUGUCUCAGAAAAAAUAAAAUAAAAUAAGUAGAAUUAAAGAGCUGUUUAUCCAGAUUCUUGAACCCAGCAAGAGUUAUAGGCACAUCCUGCUGUGCGUCAAGAUUCUAGUUGCGAUUGUGUUUGUUUCACAGAGCACCGAGAUGGGAUGGAGUAAUCUUUACUUACUGAUGCCCUGGUUCUUUAAAGAAGUUUUAUUUUGAAAGAUAACAGACACUCGGCCGGUUACAGAGAUGGCAGCAUGAGAUGCUGCAUCCCCUCCUCCCACUGCCCACCCAGGGACAGCUCAGGGUCACAAGCCGAAGUCCGGCUGGGCAAGGUGGGCACACUUGUGCCCUGGCUGUUCAGGAGUGGAGGCUGCCAGCCUGGGCAACUUAGUGUGGGCCCUUGUCUGCAAAGCCAGAAUGCUGACCCUCGCCAGCCUGACUCUUAAGUGCUUAUGCUGACCUUGUACACUUGGGUGGGGGCUUUGCACUGAGCUACACCCCCAGCCCUUUUUAUUUUCAGACAAGGUCUCACUAAAUUACUAAGUUGCCCAAGCUGGACUCAAAUUUGGGAUCCUCCUGCCUCAGCCUCCCAAAGGGCUGGGGUUAUAGGAGUACACCAGCAUGCCUGGCUUCCACAUUUCCUUUGAAUACUGUUGCCGACACGGUAUUGAUGUUCUCCUUUUUAGGUAGGGGAUUCAGCGGCUGUGGCUGUGUAGCUCAGUGGUGGGCGCUGACCUCAAGUGCAGGAAGCCCCAAGUCCAAUCACCAGGACUGCAGGGCCAAAGAAGGUUGUUCCUGGGUCAGCUGAGUUUUAACUGCAGGGAUCAGUGUGCACCGGCCGGUGACCAGGCCCAGAGCACAAAAGCCUGCCCUUCUCUUCCAUGACCAUGGACUAUUGGAGAAAGCAAAGCCACCUCUGAAUAAGUCUGAAGUAGGCUCAGGCAACUUUUCAAAAGCCUGCUCUGUGGCAUUGUGGGGUUUUGGUCCUUUAUUCUUUUCCUUUAGAGUUGUACAAAUUUCAUUUGAAAGUAGCUGGCUUGGCUUGUGGUGGUGGGCAGGCGUGGAUGUGUAAAUUCAAGAUCAUGCUUUGAAACUGGUAUUGUGACGCCGCACCCCAGUACCCGCAGCAGUUUAAUCAGCACCCUCCUGACACCCCGAGAGAGACCUUGACGGCCCUGGUCCCAUCUGGCUGUAGAAAGUCAAAGAGCACUCGGGGCGUGGCGAGUCGGGCUCCCGCACCCAUGUGGCCAGCGCCCCUUUGCUCCCAGUGCUUUGCUGUUGAACUGUAAGGAGCAAAUCACAGCUGCUUCUAGCCUUCUUUAUCUGAAAGCUACGCCGGAGGUUAAUUCUGUGGACCAGGAGCCCUUCCCCACCGCGAGCAUGAACCUGCCCUGUCUGGCUUGGGCAGGGCUGCUGCUUUGGGAUUCAGUUGUUUUAUUUUUAAUACUGCCGGUGCACUUUGUGUGUGUGUGUGUGUGUGUGUGUGCGUGUGUGUUGUUCACAAUGUGCUUAUUUAAUAAUUGCCAAAAUAUUUAGACUAGAGUAAUGUCCGAUGGGUCAACUGCAUUGUGACUUUUGUGGGUUUUGUGUUUUUUAAGUUGCUUUCUGUUAAACACGUCUGUAAUUCUCUCCACAGAACAUAUUUGUAUAUACUGCAAUUUAAAAACUAAAAGGAUGACUUGAAGUAGUUGUUUUAACAUUUUCCUCUUUUAUCUGUUUGUUUUAUGGAUGAUUCUGCUGCCUAAUGACCUUUUUGUUUUCAUAACUGCUGGGGCGGCCCCAGGACUCUUGCAGUGCAGCUAGAGCCCCAGCUGGCUGCUCCACCCUGGGGUUCAUUAUAGACACUUGGGUUCUGAGUAAGUUUUGUUUGUAUACAGCUAACGUGAUUGUUCCUUUCUAUUCUUCUCCUAAAAGAAAAGAAUCUGUCUGGCAUCUUCUAGUUGUACCCUACUAUCUGCCUCUCUAAUAAACAUUAUAUUUUUCUCAA